AUGAGCCAACAACAACAACCAGAGAAAAGAAAAGGUGGUGGAGGGUUCUCGCAAAUGGGUAUCAUGAACCUUACCCAUUCUCCACCAGUUAUGCUUCGAAAUAGUACUAGUGGAUCAUCAUCAUCUUCUAAUAUUAAUAUUAGUAACAACUAUAAUAAUAAUAAUCAUAAUAGUAAUAAUUCAUCAUCUUCAUUUAUAUCAUCAUCAUUUGUAGUUGGUACAUUGGGUUCUGUAAUGCAACAACAACAACACCAACAACAACAGCAAUAUGGGUCAUUAUCAACACAACAAUCAUCUGCAUUGGAUAUUAACAAUAACAACAACAACGUAGGUAGAGGUGGUGGUGGUAAUGUUGGAAUGUUAUCAUCAUCUAGCUUUACUUCUACCUAUGAUGGUAUACCAUCACCUAUCAAAUCAUCAUCAUCGUCAUCAUCAAUGUCUGGUGGACAAGGAUCAAAUAGUAGUGGAGGUCUAGGUGGUGGAGGUGCCAGUAGUAAUGGUAUAGGAUCAUUUACACAAAACUAUGAAUUAUAUUCAAUGAACAAAUUAUUCUGUAUCAAUACUACCGGUGGUGGUGGAGGUAAAAGCAAAGAACAACAACUACCAAGUGGAUCAAGCGGUAUUGGUGGUGGUAGAAGAGGUGCAUCACGUAGUGACCGAUCAAUGACAUCUUCAUCAUCAGUUGAUUCAUCUCUCAAUACAUCUGGUGGUCUAUUGUCCAAUGAUAUGGGUCCAUUAGGUGUAACUGUACUUUUAGAAGCUCAAGCUGGUUAUGAUGAUCAUUUAUUUUUUGCAAUGUUUUGUUCAAAUGAUUACUUAAUAUUUAGAUAUGUUGGACAAAGUAAAGUACCACAAUACAAAUAUAUACAAUGGAAUCGUGACCCACUAAAAAAGAUAGUAGCCAUGUCAUUUGAUCCAACUGCUCAAUGGCUUUUAUGCCUUUCACAUGACACAUCACUUGUAAGAAUACCAAUUUAUUUUAUGAUGUGUAAAAAGAUUAAUGUCUUGGAAGAAAAAACUCCUCAACCAAUUGAAAAAUCAGAUAAAUUAUCAAGUUGGGUAUCAUCAUCUAGAUUAUUUAAAAAUGUUUCAUUGGGAUCACUUGGAGGUGGAGGAAAUAAUAAUAACAAUAAUAAUUCUAAUAAUCAACAAACAAAAACCAUUCAAAGUAUGGUAACUAUUCCACCUAUAUCAACAAAAGGACAAAUAGGAUCAAGUUGUAUAUGGUGGAAAACAUCAAAUAGUGAAGAUUUUGGUAUUAUUUCAACUCAAGCAGGUCAUAUCUUUUUCGUUAAUCUAUCAACCAAUGAAUUACAGAAAAAGGUUAAAUUUGAACAUCCAAUUACUAAAAUUGAUUUAAUUAAUGCUGGUAAUGAAACUUUUAUAAUCAUUUCAACAAAAACAAAUGGAUAUUAUCAAUUAUUGAUUGAACAAAAAAUUAAACAUCAAUAUGAUAGUAUAGUGACAUCGACAUUUGGUAAUAAUUCAUCAUCAUCUUCAAAUGCAACGAUUACAUUGGUUAUUAGUGGUGGAAAUAAUAAUUCAAAUUCUCAAAAUGGAUCAAAUACAAAUCAAAGUAAUAAUAUUAACCAAAAUGGAGGUAGUGGUGGUUUGGCAACCAUUCAAUCACCGUAUCAAUUAGUGACACCAUUAUUUUCAAGUGAUCGUGUAUUGAGUGAUCGUACAAUUGAAACUCAAUCAUCACAAGAGAAUGGAUUGGUAGUAACAAGUUUUAUAAAGUCUACUAGUAAGCUAGAGAUUUAUGAUUACCUCUAUCUCGAUAAAUUCCCUCUUUUCGUAUACCAACUACCACAGACGACCACUAAAUUCUACUUUACCAAAAACAUUACAUUCCUCUCAGAGAUUGAUCACCACGAUGAUCAAGCACGUAUGAAUGUAUCGAUCAUUUCAAAUCUCGUGUCUGGUACAGCAUCCAAUUCAAAAUAUAUGAAGAAUCAAUCGAUUAUUCAAACAUUCUCAUUGGCACAAGGAGAGUUUGUUUUGGAUAUUAAAAAUUCUCUCACAGUCUCUUCCAAUGAUUUGUUAAAUGGAAGUGGUCAUCUUUCACCUUCAAAUUUUAAUAACAUUAAUAAUACAAAUACAACAGCAUCUUCAUCUUCAUCAUUAAAUAAUAGUGGUAAAUUAAAUGGUAGUAGCGGUGGAAAUAUGUCACUUUCAUCAUCUUCCUCAUCACCAUUAUCAAAUUCAUUGGCUCAAUAUAAUAACAAUAAUAACAAUAAUAAUGGACCUAUUCAAUCAACUUUUCUACCUUCAUGUUAUAUUUGGACCAAUUAUGCAGUCUAUGAAUUGAGAGCCAAAAAAACACCAGAAGAAAUCUUUUUUGAAUUAUUGUCAAAGAAUUUGGAAAAAACCGAUGGUGAAGCACUUGGUAAAACAUUUAGAAUGGAUCUACUAAGUCUUUAUGAAACUGCUGCUGAUCAUGCUUUUGAACAAAGUCAAUAUGGUAGAGCUUUAGAUUUAUAUUAUUUGUCAGGAGUUAAAACAAAAAUUGGUAGAAUGGAUAUUAUAAUGACACAUUUGAAAGCAGUUUUACAUGGAUCCGAUGCAUAUAGUGCACAUGAAAGAAAGAAAUUGACCAAUAUUCUAUUCCAAUGUUACCUACAAAGAUUGUUGUCGUCGAGAGAGGAAUUCAAAUCACUAGAGACAGAGUUUACAGUGUUUCUAACUACCAACACUGACUAUGAUGUCAUUGUAGCGUUACAAAAUCUAAUGUCUAAUGGUUUGAUUGAUUAUUAUUUCAUUGUGGCACAUAGUAGAAAAUUGGUUGGCAAAGCAUUGACUAGUUUAUUGGAAAACAAUCGAUUACAUUUGGAUUCACAAAACAUUUCAUUCUUGCAAAGUCAAUAUUGUCAGGAAUUAAAGAGUAAUUCAAAUGGUAUGAUAUUUGAUUGUCUACCACCAGAUUUCCAAGUUAAAUUGAUUCUUGAAGAUCUUGGCAAUGUACCACGUUACCUUAAACGUCUCUAUUACCUCUUACCAAUGGUAUCUGAAAAGACAUUAAUUGAUAUCAUUACAUUAUUUGAUCCAAUUACUUUUGAACCAUUUAAUUUAUCUCAACAACAAUCAACUAGUGGAAAUAAUAAUAACAGUAACAAUAACAGUAAUAAUAAUAAUAAUAAUAGUCAAGCAUCACCAAAUGGUAUUCCAACAUCACCCAUUUCAAAACAAAAUCAACAACAACAACAACAAUCACAACAACAUCUAAAUAAUAAUAAUAGUCCAAAAUCAUCAUCAGGUAAUUUAAUUGGAUUAGAACAUUAUCAUUCAAUAUCAUCAGAUGUUGAACCAUUACCAGGUAGAUCAAGUGAAUCAAUUCCAGUUAGAAAUGAAGAGUAUUUUGAAUUAUAUCUUACAUCUCUACUGCUACUACUCAAUCAUUAUAAAUCAAAAUAUGGUGAUCAAAACUUUGCAGAUUUACAACGUCAGAAAAUGAUGUUGGAGAAUCAAAAACAACAAGACAAGAAUAGUAAUAGUGAUGACGAUGACUUGGACGAUGAGGAUAAUGUGGUUGAUCAAGACUUGUUGGUACAUCCAAUGCCCGCACUUCGAUUCAAUGAAAAACAUGCCAAAUCAGUGUCGUGUGGUUGGGAACAUGCAGCAGUUAUCACCGUGGAUGGUGAGCUGUUUACAUGGGGUAACAACACGAGUGGACAACUUGGACAUGGUUUGGCCGCCGGCAAGCAUCAAUCUACACCAAUGCGUGUAGAGAGUCUCAAACAGACACCCAUCAUGAUGAUGUCGUUGGGUGGCGAGCAUACUGUUGUUAUCGACCGAUCAUUCCACAUUUACUCUUGGGGUAAUGGUAAAUACGGUCAACUUGGUCACGGUGUAUCUACUCCACACAAUCUUCCCAAGAGAAUAGAGGAGUUUGCCGGACAAAAGAUUAGCUCCAUUGCCACGGGGUACUGGCACACACUUGUACUGCGAUCGGGUGGAGACUUGUUUGCAUUUGGAUCAAAUGAACAUGGUCAACUUGGGUUGAACGAUCUCAAGCAUCAUUUACCCAUUCCAACACGUGUCAAUACUGCUGACAUUCACCAUGCUGGACAACCAACACGUGUGACUGGUAUAUUCUGCGGACACAGCCAUUCAGUACUGCGUACGUCACACGGAGACGUCUACAGUUUUGGUGCAAAUGCCAAGGGACAGCUGGGACACGGGUCGACCGAGUCGUGUCGCUAUCCAAAGCUCAUCCAGGGUCUCAAGGGCAAGAACAUCAAGCGUAUUACAUGCGGUCCGUACCACACGGUCGUCACGACCGACCUCGACUCUGUGUAUUGUUGGGGACAGGGUGAACACAUGUGUCUUGGCACGGGCAGCAACAAGAACGAGCUCGUUCCCAAGUUGGUCGAGUUGUUUGUCAACAAACGUGUCGAACGUGUCGUCUGCGGUCUCUACCACACGGCCACUCUGACACAGCCAAUGGGUGACUCGAACACCGGAGGCAAUGUAUAUAUCUGCGGCAGCAGCGAACACGGUAAACUUGGUAUUGGAGGUGACCCACGAUCCCCCUCACUCGACAAGGCGUACCCUGCCAUCAUCCCAUCGAUCAAUUCGGCCAAUGUGGUUGAUCUCGCCAGUGGCGCAGAGUUUAACGCUCUCAUCACCUCGAAUGGUGCUCUCUACAUGUGGGGUGCCGGUACACACGGUCAAAUCGGUAACGGUAAGAACCAAGACACCUGGAUACCCACACGAGUCUCUUUGAGCAGUGAAAAGAACCAAAAUCAAUUCAUAGUGGACGAGUCGGGUAGUACUAUUACUCUCUCAAGUAGUAUGCUACUCACCGAGAAAAACAACCGAUACACUCAAGAAGGAUUAGAAGAGACACUUAGAAAGAAUGCCAAUGGGUACCGUCCAUUUGUAGUGAUCAACAAGGCCAAACAAUUUGGCAAUUGGGAUGCUGUAGCCACGAUCUAUGAAGUAUUGGAAGACUAUAAAUCAACGCUAGAGUGUAGACUAUUAUCAUUGAAACAAAGAAAUUUGGAUACUGAUAAACAAACUCAUACUCUACUUCAACUUGCUCAUAAAUAUAUUGUUAAUAUGAAUGGAAAUAAUGAAACAUUUAAUCAACAACAAAAAUCAAAUAAUGCAACAACAUCAACAAAUGGAGGAGGAUCAACUUUAAUACAACCAUCAACUUCACCUUCAUCUAAUGCAUCAACUUCACCAUCUAAUAGAUUAUCACCACCAAUCAAUAAUGCUCAAGAAAUCUUACCACCUCAAUCUAACAACAAGACAACCAAAGAAAAUGAACUUGAUCAUCAACAAAUUCAACAACAAAAGACACAAGCAUCAGAGAUUUCAAAGGAAUUGUUAUUGUUGAUAUUAAACUAUUGGAAGGAGAAACAAUUGCCAAUUGAAGAAUUGGAAAAUUAUAUCAUGGCAAAUUUGGAAUACUUUUCAUUACCCUUGUCAAAUAUAUUAUCAACUUUUAAUAGUAACAGUAAUAGUAACAAGGUUGAUAAUACAUAUCCAUUGGUAUUAAAUUUCUCACCAUUACUUUAUUUAAAUGUUGUUAAAUAUUAUCUUCAAUUGAUGAAGUAUUUGGGAGAAAAGGAAAGAAAUCAUCAAAGGGUAUCUGAAAAGGUACUAUUGACCAAUAUCAAGGAGAAUCUUCAAAAGGAUAUUCAAUCACGUACAAAGAUUCAAAUUCAAUCACUUCAAAUGGAUAUGUUUACAUCACCUACCACUGCAGCUAUAGUUCCAAACUCUUCAUCUGUGAUGAGAGGAGGAUCAGCCGAUGAAUCCUACAUUGAAAAGGAUCUUGCAUUUACAUGUAAUCAUUUCUUUUCAAAACGUAGAUACUAUAGUUCCAUUCUUCCACAAUUCCAAACCGAUGUACAAAAACUAUCAAUCAUGUCUCCAACCACUCUCAAUCAUAUCAUUGAAGAAUACAACCAAAAGUGGGUAUCUCUUUCCUGUCCAGUUUGUCUUUACAACUUUUUACGUGAAUUGGCAAAUGAUCCAUUAUCAAAACAAUGGAAAGUUUAA